AUGGGCAGACUCAUCAAGAACCAUUGGGGUCGUCUUAUAAUAAUGGUUGCUUCAGCUUAUCAAAUCGCCAGUGCCAUCGAAGGCUUCAUCUGGCCCAAAGUCUUCUGGGAUUUUGUUUCAAAAAACCUCGAUAACGCGACCGAUCCCUUACCCAUUUUACAAGUACUUAAUCUCAUAAUGGGCAUCGUGGGCUUAGCAUGGGAAUGGCCGUUGAAACCGCUGGCCGGGACCUUCCCACAUCGCAGCAUCGAAGUCCGACUUGUUAUAUACCCUCUUAGCGCGCUAUUUGCUGCUUUGCUCUAUCAAGGAACAGAUCCUGCAGGAUACUACCUCAUCGGCAUCAUUGUUUACUUCUGGGCUUAUAGUGAGGGAGAGGUGGUUUGUCCUGAGCCGUGGACAUUACCAAAACGGACUUCCAUUAUAGUAUAG